AUGGAAUUGGCUCUCAGAAACGCCAAGGCAGAAAGGCUCCUCAUUACCAACGAAUUCGACUUGGCCAUUAAGGCCGUAUACCAGGCGAACCGAGAAGUCAGGGCAAUAGGGGUGGCAGCCAACACCAUCUUCGGUCUGACGACCGAAGAAAGGGCCCGGGUAAGCCGGCUGGAUGAUUACUUAGCAGCCAGGGAUACGUUAGCUAAGGCUAGGCAAGCCCUCGAGGAGGAAGUAGGGACCUCAGACCCCCCUAAGACCAAAGCGGCCACAGACGAUACCCCUGGGACUGCAAGGCCUAUGGCCGAGGGCCCCGGCGACCUUCUCUUUUGUCACGAGGUCGAGGCUGACCCCGCGUUGGGAAUCUCCGAUGACGACUACGAUGGGAUCCUCGGAAUGAUUGAGGGAAAAACCCUCGCCAGUUGGCGGCCACGAGGUCAACAAAGAGGCUGGUUGGGGAAACCAGCGGAAGCCAAAGGAGGUCAGCAUGAACAUGGUUUUGGUACUGCCGUCCGAGUUUUCGACCCCAAGAGACCAGACCAACGGCCUGGAUAA